CAGGAGAAAUGUGAAAAGACGCGGGCGGAUUGCUGUCAGUGUCAGCAGGCAGUUGAUGUUGCGAGCAAGGAGGCAGAAGAGGCCCGCGCAGAGGCACAACGUAUCAGUAAGGACGCGCAGGGUUUAGAGAAGAAACUGGAGGAGACGCGGCGGGAGAAAGAUGCAGUCCAGGCACGUAGUAGUGGAUUGGCUGCAUCUUUGACACAGCAUCAGAUGGAGUUGGAGGAUGCCAGAACGAGGCUGGCUGCCGUAACUGAAGAGGCUGCUCGUGCGGCUACUCAGGAGGAGGAGCUGCAGAAUUUGCGAAGGGAUCGUACGCAGCACUCGGAGGAGCUUCAGCAGGCACGCACGGCUGCGGAGGAGUUGCGCAUGGAGCGUGUGCAGUUGGAGGCGAAGGCAGAGGCUGCCAGGCAGCAUGCACAGUCGCUUGAGAAGACGGUGGAGGAGGAGCGGCGACUGAGGGAUGAGGUGGUGGCUCAGAAGAGUGCAUUGGCAUCAACUGUGACGGAACGUGAGAGGGAGCUGAAUGAUGCUCUGAGACUGCGGGCUGAGGCAGAGGAAAGAGCCAAUCAUGCUGCUAAUGAGGCAUCUAAGUUGCAGCAUGAGAAGUCAUUGCUGGAUGAAUCAAGGGCGCGGGCAGAAGAGGCGGUGGCGAACACAUUACAAUUGCUUCACCAGUUAACAACCAAUCACGCUGCCGAGAAAAAUGCUUGGGAAUCUGAGCGAACAAGGCUGCAAGAGUCCUUUGCUCGGAUGCUGCAGAAUCUCGAGUGGCAGCAGGAGGCCAAUAAGAAGGCGGUGGAAAGAGGGCGGGCAGAUGUUGCAGAGCUCAAGGCGCAGCUGGGGGAGGCGCUGAGGACAGCUGCUGCUGAAAAAAACAAGAAGGAGGAGCUGCAGAGAAAAGUGGACGAGUACGAUGAAGAGCUACGUGCUAUUCGUGUUGACUCGGACGAUGAUAUAUUCACAGGGCCACCAGAGCUGGCGAUGCUCCCAGGCGGGUUCAUGCAGGGGAACAGAAAAGCGACAGGAAACAGGCGCGAAGAUACAGGCUCCACAGAUUCAGAGGAGGAAGUUGAGGAGGAAGAAGUUGGGGAAAGGGAAGUUGGGGAGGGGGAAGUUGGGGAGGGGGAAGUUGGGGAGGGGGAAGCUGGGGAGGGGGAAGCUGGGGAGGGGAAGUUGAGGAGGGGGGAGGUGGGGAAGAGGGAGGUGGAGAGGGGGAAGUUGCAAGGGGGGGAGAUGUGUGAGCCGUAAUGUUGAUGUUGGGUUGCACUUGGAUGUUGCCUAGGUUAGAAUACUAGAAUAGUUAGAAAGAAGAGAGAACAAGAAAGAUAUAGGGUUUGGGUUGUACUUUACAUGCAAAUGUACAGUAUGUAUAUGUUGACACACCCCCUAGGCUAGAUAAGGGGUAGUGCUGAGCAAGAAGCACACAGCUCAGGGUGGCAC